ACGAGUUUUAAGAAAAUGAUAAAGACCCAGCCGAUUCGAAUAAUUCGAGGUAAACUUAUCUCCUGAUCUCUCUUCUACCUGAUUUUUUUCAUUCGCCUUGGAUUGGAGAAUUCUUAAGAAUCCAUAACCUUUCUAAAGACACCAUAACUGAUACAUAACUGGGAAGCAUCCAUACCACACCCCUCGCGCUUGCAACGUUUAUAUUUCGAAGGACCGCUUUCCCAGCUUUACUUAGCAUUUCUUACCCCCAUCGCCAUCUGCACGUAUCCCACCUCCUACCACCACCAACCCACGCCUAUCGAUCCAUCGUGACGAUGCCUAACCCCACCUCAAAACUUGAUAUCGCUGCCGGUGCUCUCGAUGCAAACACAAAGGCGGCAAAAAAGGCGGAGGCUCGCAAGAAGUUUGAAGAUGUGUUUGAUAAGAUUCGUGAUGAGCUGAUCGAGCGGUUUACGAGUGAGAAUAUGCCUCAGGAUGCGAUUGAGUGGUACAAGCGGAGUCUGGAAUACAAUGUCCCAGGAGGAAAACUCAAUCGUGGAAUGUCAGUCGUCGAUUCGGUCGAGAUCCUUAAAGGGAGAUCACUAUCAGAUGACGAGUACUUCAAAGCCGCACUACUUGGAUGGUGCAUCGAACUGCUACAAGCGUUCUUCCUCGUUUCCGAUGAUAUGAUGGACCAAUCAAUCACCCGACGAUCACAACCAUGUUGGUUCAGGCUGGAGAAUGUUGGUAACAUCGCCAUCAACGACUCGUUCAUGCUCGAGAUGGCCAUCUACCAGCUCCUAAAAAAGCACUUCCGUCAGGAGUCAUACUACGUUGACCUGCUUGAGCUUUUCCAAGAGACGACUUACCAGACAGAAAUGGGCCAACUUGUUGAUCUGAUCACCGCUCCCGAAGACCAUGUUGAUCUGGGCAAGUUUUCCCUUAAGAAACACAACUUCAUCGUCCGCUACAAAACUUCUUAUUACUCCUUCUAUCUCCCUGUCGCACUCGCCAUGCACAUGUGCCACGUUCCUGCCUCUUACACCCACUCUGGCAAGGUCGUCUCUCCCUACAAGCUAGCGCUCGAUAUCCUCCUCCCUCUCGGUGAAUACUUCCAAAUCCAAGAUGAUUUCCUCGAUUACUCUGGCACGCCUGAGCAGAUUGGGAAAGUCGGGACUGAUAUCAUCGAUAAUAAAUGCUCAUGGUGUAUCAACGUUGCUCUCUCGGUGGCGACUCCUGAGCAACGCAAGGUGCUUGAUGAGAACUACGGGCAAAAGGACUCACAGAAGGAGGCACGCGUGAAAGCGUUGUACGAGGAGAUUAACUUGCGUGAACGGUAUCGCAAGUACGAGGAGGAUGCGUACCAGCGAGUUACGAGUUUAAUCGACACUAUCCCAGAGGAUGAGCAGGCCGGUGCGCCUGAAGGAACGGUGGUAAAGAGAGAGGUGUUCAGGAGCUUCCUGAACAAAAUCUAUAAAAGAACGAAGUAAACAUAUAGAGAUUAGAAGAUAACUGCUAUGUUGAGUGCGUUGUAUAUGUUUUGUAUCUCUUAAUGACAAAUACUAUCCGUGUUGCAGUUUUAGUAAUUUCAGAUGCACUUCGGAGUCGUCGUGCGGAGUCUACAAGUGUGUUAUACUUUAAUGAAAGUAAGAAAUAGGAAACGAUGACUAUUUUACUUCAUUCAGCAGUUCUGCAAGCUUCAGAGCUUCCUGAUCUCCCAUCCCGCAUUUCUCUCUUAACUCUUGAAUAAUGGGACCGUUUUCCUUUGUGACUUGUCUGGUCUUCUUUCCACAUUGUCCAUCGAUGGUAUGGACAACGUACGUAAACCACUCAAGCCUCUCCACAUUCCAAGAUGGCCUCCUGUAAUAAUCCCGUAUCACAUCGCGCAUCUUUUGCUGGGAAACGUUGUAGACAUCGGCAUAUCCGUUUCUCCUCCCUGUCGUUGAUACAAUGCAAGCAUGCGCUUGUGGGUGCAUCCCGUAACCCCUAAACGCGCUUUCGUUGUUCCUCCACCAUUCCUCUAACUUAUUACUGAUCUGCCCAUCGCUCAUUUCAUUCGCCGUAAUCUCAUUCUCUAGCGCAGUGAUAGCGACGACGAUAGGAACCUGCCCUCGACAAAACACUUCGUGGAAGAGUCUCCAGUUCUUCUGCGAUGCUUCCUUGAGCCGCCCACGCAUGCAGAAAAUCAAGAGGCUGACGCCGCCCUGGGUGGACAAGGCUUGGACAAGCUGGUAUAACUGCACUAUGGCAGCUUGCUUUGCCACCUUUCCUUCCUCUCCCUCGUCCAGUCCUGCAGUAUCAUAAAGCAUGAAGUCGCGGCCAUGGAUGUUUGCCUUGAACGCAGUGUAUUGGAACGUACAACCGCUGGCUCCGCCGGAGAUCAUUGCGAUUGAGUCACCUGCAAUUAGGUUUAUGAUUGAACUUUUGCCAGCGCCUGUCUCUCCGAACAAGAUCACGUUGGGCGGGUGCAUAUCUAUCGAGUAGAUGGUCU